AUGCCACGUAGGCCAUAUUCAAAGGCCGACUCCUUAACGAUCGAAGGACGAGGUCGACCUCCCGAAGCACAGAACCCAAAAGAACCUCGAAGGUCAGAAGCUGAAGACAAUCAAGUGGAGGUGAAAGUCCGACCUGAAGAGUACCGAAUUUCAUUCACUCAUCCGCCCAAUCUGAACUCGAUCACUGCCGCUGUCGGCCCACCGCCGCCAGUUUCCGCCGUGAGCUGCGUCUGCGACUCCUCCUUGUCGCCGGUAGUCGAUUCGUCGGUCGAGGGCGCUGAGCUUGGAGGUUUCAGCCGGGCACACAGUUCACCGUCAAGGGCGAAAGUCUUUUACCAAAUUUUCGUCCCUCCAAAAAAUCUCAGUUCCAUCUCAAAUCAAGGUUGUGGUGACAGUAAUGAACUUUCGCUAACUUUAUCAUUCAGUGAUACAAAGCUGCCAGGCUUACAUGACUUAGUGAAGAAUAUUGAUUAUAUAGACUUUGUAUCAUCCACUCUAACGAGCAUGAAGAUUGCAAGCUGUGCUGGCCUCGCCAAACCCACUUUCCUGCUCGCUCAUUACGAGUUACCCUCUUUCUCUCUCCACCGACCGCAAUUCAUCUCCAUCACCUCUCUAUACACUCCCCGCAAACUCAAGAACCGAUGUGAAAUGGUGAUGAGGAUCCAUUCCUCCAUUGCCGGGAGAAACCGUUCGCCCCGCCCCAAGCAAGACAGGUUCAAACGGGAACAAGAAAAAGUCAACCCCGCCUCCUUGUACACCCACCCCACCUUACUAGAGAUGAAAAACGAGAGAAUCGCAAACCGGGCCCGUGUCUACGAAUUCCUAAAGGGCAUCGGCAUAAUCCCCGACGAGCUCGACGGGCUGGAGCUUCCAGUCACCGCUGAUGUCAUGAAAGAACGCGUACAUUUCCUCCACAAGCUCGGCCUCACGAUCGAGGACAUCAACAAUUACCCUCUCGUCCUCGGCUGCAGCGUGAAAAAGAACAUGGUCCCCGUGCUCGACUACCUCGGAAAAUUGGGCGUUCGAAAAUCGACUUUCACCGAGUUCUUGCGCAGGUACCCUCAGGUCCUGCAUGCGAGUGUGGUCGUCGAUUUGGAACCGGUCGUGAAGUAUCUGCUGGGCAUGGACGUUAAGCCUGAGAAUAUUCCUCGGGUUUUGGAGAAGUAUCCGGAAGUUUUGGGGUUUAAGCUCGAGGGCACAAUGAGUACCUCGGUGGCUUAUUUGGUCGGGAUAGGGGUGGCCAGGCGUGAGAUUGGAGGGAUUCUGACUAGGUACCCUGAAAUACUGGGCAUGAGGGUUGCUCGUGUUCUAAAACCUUUUGUCGAGUAUUUGGGCAGUUUGGGAAUACCAGAAUUGGCUGUGGCUAGGCUGAUUGAGAAGCGGCCCCACAUUUUGGGUUUUGGGCUUGACGAGAGGGUCAGACCGAAUGUGAGUCUUCUUUUGGAGUAUCACGUCAGGCGAAGUUCGAUUUCUGGCGUGAUUGCUCAGUAUCCCGAGAUUAUGGGGAUUGACCUGGCAAAGAAGCUUCAGAGUCAACGGGGCUUUUUCACCUCUGUUAUAGAGCUGAGCCCGGAAGAUUUCGGGAGGGUUAUUGAGAAAAUGCCACAGGUUGUUAGCCUGAGUGACCGAGCAGUAGUGAGGCAUGUGGAUUUUCUGAAGGGGUGCAAAUUUUCAUCUGAUCAGGUGAGGAAGAUGGUCUUGGGGUGCCCGCAGGUGCUGGCAUUGAAUCUGGACAUUAUGAGGCUCAGUUUCGAAUACUUUGCAUCUGAAAUGGGUCGGCCGUUGGAUGAUCUGGUGAGUUUUCCGGCUUACUUUACUUACGGACUUGAGUCUACGGUUAAGCCGAGGAACAAGAUUAUUGCGCGCAAGGGGGUGAAGUGUUCCCUGUCGUGGCUUCUCAACUGCUCGGACGAGAAGUUUGAGGAGCGUAUGGAUUAUGAUUCGAUCGACGUGGAGGAGAUGGAGGUUGAUUCUUCCUCGUUCGACAUGAGUAGUUUGAUGAAGCCCAAUGAUGAAGAGUCGGAUACUGAAUAUGAGGAUGAUAGUGAGGACGAUCAAUAUUCUUAACAUUUUUUUUUUUUUUUGGUCUGGAUGACGGCGGUGAAAUAUGUUCCGCAACCAACCAGAGAAUGACCUUUCUCCUUCUGUGAAGGUGUGUGUAUUCCGUAUGGUUUUUUAUUUAAGAGUGUAGAUAAUACUCCAAUACUUUUAAUCAAGCACUUGGGAGGAAAUUGAUAACCUUUGUUUCGAAGCAAAAUGGUAACUAGGAUUUUCAACUUUCAAA